UCCCCUCCCGCCUGCAGGAAGCCUACUGUGCCUACACCAUCAUCCUCAUGGCGCUCCUCUGGUGCACCGAGGCUCUGCCCCUGGCUGUCACCGCCUUCCUCCCCACCGUCCUGUUCCCCAUAAUGGGCAUAAUGAGUGCCUCCGUGGUCAGCACCGAGUACCUUAAGGACACCAACAUCCUAUUCAUCGGGGGGAUGCUAGUGGCCCUCGCCGUGGAGCACUGGAAUCUGCACAAGCGCAUUGCCCUCCGCGUGCUCCUCAUCAUUGGGGUGCGGCCCUCCCUGCUGAUCCUGGGCUUCAUGGUGGUUACGGCCUUCUUGUCCAUGUGGAUCAGCAAUACCGCCACCACUGCCAUGAUGGUGCCUAUCGCCCAUGCCGUUCUGGAGCAGCUGCACAGGAUGCCCAUGGGCAAGGAUGUUGAGGAGGGCAGGAGCAACUCCGCCUUUGAACUCCAGGAACCAAGUCCCCAGAAGGAAGAGACCAAGCUUGACGAGAAAGACCGCAAGCAGGAUGGCCCCGCCCCGCCUGCCCCUUCGGAGUCCAAGGCGCAGCAGAACGAGGAGCAGCUCCGCUUCGCCCGCGGCAUGAGUCUGUGUGUGUGCUACUCGGCCAGCAUCGGGGGCAUCGCCACCCUGACUGGCACCACAACAAACCUGGUGAUGCAAGGCCAGGUCAACUCGAUCUUCCCCCAAAAUGGCAACGUGGUGAACUUCGCCUCCUGGUUUGGCUUUGCCUUCCCCACCAUGGUCAUAUUGCUGCUGCUUUCCUGGGUGUGGCUGCAGUUCCUCUUCUUAGGCUUCAACUUCCGGAAGAACUGUGGCUUGGGGGACCAGAUGAGGGAGCAAGAGAAAGCAGCCUUCGAAGUCAUCCGGAGAGAGCACAAACUGCUGGGCCCCAUGACCUUUGCAGAAAAGGCUGUCACCAUCCUCUUUGUCUUAUUGGUGGUGCUCUGGUUCUCUCGGGAGCCAGGCUUUUUCACCGGCUGGGGUAACCUGGCUUUUUCCGAUGAGAAUGGGAAAAGCAUGCCAUCCGAUGGGACAGUAGCCAUCUUAAUCGCUGUAAUUUUGUUCAUCGUGCCCUCCAAGAUCCCAGGGCUGACUCAGGAACCAGGAAAACCAGGGAAGCUGAAGGCCCCUCCUGCACUCCUCAACUGGAAAAUAGUUAAAGAGAAGAUGCCUUGGAAUAUCGUGUUCCUUCUGGGCGGUGGCUUUGCCCUGGCCAAGGGCAGUGAGGAAUCAGGCCUGUCAAAGUGGCUGGGGGACAAGCUGACCCCGCUGGAGAGUGUGCCGCCUCCCGCCAUCGCCUUCAUCCUCUGCCUCCUGAUCGCCACCUUCACUGAGUGCGCCAGCAACGUGGCCACCACCACAAUCUUCCUGCCCAUCUUGGCUUCCAUGUCUCAGGCCAUCUGCAUCCACCCUCUCUACGUCAUGCUCCCCUGCACGCUUUCCAGCUCCCUGGCCUUCAUGCUGCCUGUGGCCACCCCGCCCAACGCCAUCGCCUUCUCAUUCGGAGGCCUCAAAGUGACAGACAUGGCCCAGGCAGGGUUCAUGCUCAACGUCAUCGGGGUCCUGGUCAUCACGCUGGCCAUCAACACCUGGAGCAUCCCCAUGUUCAACCUGCACAGCUUCCCCUCCUGGGCCCAGUCCAACACCACGGGCUUCUGUGGGGUCAGCCAGGCAAACAUCACAACAUCUAGCCCCUAGACCACGGUAUCACCUGGCCCAAGCCAGGAAGACCCACCUCGUUCCUGUUCCUCUGAGCUGGGAGGGGAAACCCCGGCUCCAAGCCAAACGUUGAGAGAAAGGCACAUGUAUACCUAACCUCAUGUGUGUCUUCGAGGAAGAUGUAUGUGAGCUCAGUCCUACGUGUCUGAGGAAAGUGUGUGUACGUGUAUGUACGUGUGUGGUGUGUGUGUGUGUGUGUGUGUAAAGGCGGUGUGUCACGUGAGGAUGUUCUGCAAGGGGGGGUUUGUGUGUGUGAUGAUCCUAGGUGGUGUAUGUUUGACAGUGUACACUUGUGAGGUCACAGACACGACAGCGUGCUCUGUCUGGCACUCCAGGUCUUUUGUCUCCCCAGCUUGGUGGGGGACCAGACCCUUUUGUCCUCUAUUUAUUGAAACUCAGGGUUGGAGCUGCCUGGGCAGCAAAGCCUACCAGCAGUUGCCAUUGCUACAGUCUCUGGGACCGGCCCAACAUACUGAGCUCUCCCCAGCCUCUCAGGUCUGGGGGGAGGUUCAAAUAUCAGCCCCAUUAAAGCCUUUCAGUAGA